GUGUUUUAAAAUUUAACAUUACGUUUAAAUAAUGCGAUACUUACCAUUUUUAUUUAUCUGCACACAUUUAUUUGAUGUGGUUUCGUCUAAAAUAAAUUAUUGCGGUGCAACAAUGUGCGCGGGAACUGAUACACACACGUUUUGUCAAUAUUCUAAAGGUCCGGGCCCUUUGUGCACGGGCUUAAUGCCGGCGAGCCUCAGUAAAGAGGAGAAGAUGCGCAUCCUGACGCGGCUUAAUCACCGGCGCAACGACGCCGCGCUCGGUCUGCUCGGCAACCUGCCCGCAGCAGGGGACAUGCUCAGCAUGCGCUGGGUGGAGGAGUUGGCGCGUGAAGCCCAGCUGUGGGCGGACCAGUGCGCCGCGCCUAAGUUCCCUGAGGACCACGAUCUCUGCCGGGAUCUGUACUCUUUGCCGGUGGGUCAGAACGUGGCUUCAGUAGUAGGCGAGGCGCCCGGCCUGCGCGUCGAAUCUCUAGUAGACCUCUGGUACAUGCAGGGUAGGCACUACAAGGCUAACAUCUCAUCAUACGUACCACCUUCACUAAACAGUAGUUACUACGGUGAUUUUGCCCAAAUGUUGUGGUCGAAGACGUUCAUGGUUGGCUGUGGUCGCAGCAGAUUUAUGUCGAUGUGGCAAGACCGACCGCGCACGGUAGAGCGACUCGUGUGCAACAUGGCGCCGCGCGGGCCGCGGCCGCAGCAGCCGCUGUGGCAAGUCGCGCGCCCCGCCAGCUUGUGUCCGCCACGAACUUCGUCAGCUACGCAUUACCCCGGACUUUGCUCAGUCAAUGACAGUCAGAAAUUCGAUAAGAUAAAUUAUAAAAUACCUAUAGAAGACUCCGUUAUUAUAAGUACAGUGUUGGAAUUAGAUAGAAAUUCAUCAUUUGAUAAUGUUGAAAACUUAGAUGAAAUCUAUGUAGCAAAACUAGCAGCGAUUAUUAUGGAGAGAUCGAAUAGCGAUCAGCAAGAAACUGAUCCAAUUAACAUCACAGAAAUCAUUAACAAAAUGGGAAUUAAGUUUGAAGACUUUAACAUAUUAAAUAAAAGGAUUGCAAACGAGAGAAAGAAAAUAAGAAAAUAUAUGAACAACAAUAGUAAAUUCAGAAGAAAACUAAGAACUGUUGGAAGACCCAAAGCUUAUUACUUGUAUGAAUUAAGUAAAGAAGAAGAUGAAAAAAGAACGAAAAAUACUGUAGAUAUAAAUCCAGUCAUACAGAAAGAAACUAAAGACUCAUUAAUGGAGGAUGUUACAAAAGAAAAUGACGAUGCAUUUACAAAUGAGACGGAAUUAUCGACUAAUGGCACAGAAGAUGUAGAAAUAUUGAAUUCUGAACCGUUUACCGAAAUAAGUGUACAAAUUAACGAAGGAGUUACAGAGAUAUCAAUAAAUUCAAGUAACAAUACGAGUAUUACAGAAGUUAUAUCAAUAAAUUCAACGGUCAAUACUACAGAAAUAUUAACAAAUUCAAGUAACAUUGGAAGCAAUAGUUCUGAAAUCAAUGACGAUUUAAUUAAAGAAUAUUUAUCUGACCCUGAAACUGCGCGGGAGCUGCAAGAGACGAUAAUGCGUAUGGAGCACACAAUGGCCGGACAACCUUUAGGAGCCAACAUCACGCCAAUGUUUGAACGACCGCCAACACCUACUCCCAUGAAAGUGUGUAAUAUUGAAUAA